AUGAGAUUUUAUCGAAGGUUUACACUUGAAGAGCUCCGUACUGCAACUGACAACUUCCGGUUGAAAAUUGGCGAAGAUGGUUUUUAUAGUGUAUACAAAGGUUUCAUUAAAGACAGUUUUAAGGAUACGGUUGCGAUCAAGUGGUUUAAGGACGACUAUUGCCUUUCGAAAGAGAUGGCAGUGCUUUCAAAUCGGCAUCACCUCAAUAUCGUCUCUUUGAUUGGUUACUGCCUUGACGGAUCAGAAUCAAAUAAGUUUAUUAUAUACGAGUAUAUGCCCCGUGGAAGCCUCCAUGAUCAACUUCACAGAAGAAACGACUCCCAGCCCCUACUAUCUUGGAAAAAAAGGCUUGAAAUAUGCAUUGGAGCUGCUCGUGGACUAGAGUUCCUGCAUACAGGUAACCCCUUGAUCAUCCACAGGGACAUCAAAACUCGCAACAUUCUUCUAGACCAGAACUGGUUUGCAAAGAUUUCGAAUUUUGAGAUCUCCAAAUUGGUUCCAACGAGCUUGUCAGAAUGGGACAGUCAUGUCAUCACCCGGGUUGCUGGCACUGUGGGAUAUAUAGACCCUGAAUAUUUAUUGACUGGCCAUCUCACUGAGAAAUCUGAUGUUUAUAGUUUUGGGGUUGUUUUAUUUGAGGUGUUAUCUGCUAGAAAGCCGCGGGAAAUCGACAUAGAGGAGGGACAAGGGAGAAGCCUAGUUCAAUGGUGCAGAGAAUGCGUGGAAGAGGGUAGGCUUGAUGAAAUUAUUGAUUCUCGCCUGAAGGAUGAGAUUGCUCCAGAGUGCUUGAAAGCGUACGCGGAUAUGGCGUAUAAGUGCACAAACGAACGCAGAAAUGAAAGGCCUACCAUCGAUGCUGUCGUGAAGAGGCUUCAGCUGACAUUGUUGUUACAGGAGUGUAUUGAAGCUGAUGUACCUUUCUCACCUUCUUGGCUAAGAUCGAUUGUACCACCAACCAAGAGGACUGAGCCAUUGGUCGAGAUAGAGAUCCAAGAUUCGGAGUUAUCUGAAUCUGAUUACGACUUUGAGGAACUUCUUCGCGAUUGA